AUGAACGUGGGAACCGCACACAGCGAGGUGAAUCCCAACACCCGUGUCAUGAACAGCCGGGGCAUCUGGUUGUCCUACAUCCUUGGCAUCGGCCUGCUGCACGUCGUACUCCUGAGCAUCCCCUUCUUCAGCGUCCCCGUGGUUUGGACUCUUACGAACAUCAUUCACAACAUGAGCAUGUACAUCUUCCUACACACCGUGAAAGGAACUCCCUUCGAGACCCCGGACCAGGGGAAGGCUCGGCUGCUCACGCACUGGGAGCAGAUGGACUACGGCGUGCAGUUCACGGCGUCGCGCAAGUUCCUGACCAUCAUGCCCAUCGUCCUGUAUUUUCUAACCAGCUUUUACACUAAGUAUGACCGGAUACACUUCAUAAUCAACACCAUCUCCCUUAUGAGCGUCCUGAUCCCCAAACUGCCUCAGUUUCACGGAGUCCGGAUCUUUGGGAUCAACAAGUACUGA